CUCGCCUCGGCCCAGCCUCGGGGUCUGGGCGGAGGGUUCCAGUGUCCACGGGCCGUGGUCUCGGUGCUGCUGUACGCUGCCGGCUGCGUGGAGCCGGGAUGCGCUGUGCUUGCUGCGGAUCCUCAUCAUGGAGACCAAACGUCUGGAGAUUCCCAGCAGCGUCCUGGACGAUCUCUGCAGCCGAUUUAUUUUGCAUAUUCCCAGCGAGGAGAGAGACAAUGCCAUCCGCGUUUGCUUCCAGAUUGAACUGGCCCACUGGUUUUACUUGGACUUCUACAUGCAGAACACACCAGGACUACCUCAGUGCGGGAUAAGAGACUUUGCCAAAGCCGUCUUCAGUCAUUGUCCAUUUCUGCUGCCACAAGGUGAAGAUGUGGAAAAAAUUUUGGAUGAGUGGAAGGAAUAUAAAAUGGGAGUCCCAACAUACGGUGCGAUUAUUCUUGAUGAGACACUCGAGAAUGUGCUACUGGUUCAGGGUUACCUGGCAAAGUCAGGCUGGGGGUUCCCAAAAGGAAAGGUAAAUAAAGAAGAAGCACCCCAUGACUGUGCUGCCAGAGAGGUCUUUGAAGAAACUGGUUUUGAUAUAAAAGACUAUAUUUGUAAGGACGAUUACAUUGAACUUCGGAUCAAUGACCAACUCGCUCGCUUGUACAUCAUUCCAGGAGUUCCAAAAGACACAAAAUUUAACCCCAAAACCAGAAGAGAAAUUAGGAAUAUUGAGUGGUUCUCCAUUGAGAAAUUGCCCUGUCAUAGAAAUGAUAUGACUCCCAAGUCCAAGCUUGGCUUGGCACCUAAUAAGUUUUUCAUGGCCAUUCCCUUUAUCAGGCCAUUAAGGGACUGGCUGUCUCGAAGAUUUGGAGAUUCCUCAGAUAGUGACAAUGGUUUUUCCUCAGCUAGUAGCACACCAGCUAAACCCACUGUGGAAAAAAUGAGCCGGACGAAAUUCCGCCACAGCCAGCAGCUAUUCCCUGAAGGCUCUCCUAGUGACCAGUGGGUAAAGCACAGGCAGCCGCUGCAGCAGAAGCCGCAUAGUAACCAUACAGAGGUGUCGGACCCUGUCAAAGCAAAGAAUCAAAACCUGAGAGGGAAUGGCAGGAAACAGUACCAAGAUUCACCUAAUCAGAAGAAAAGAGCAAACGGAGUUCACAGCCAGCCAGCAAAGCAGCAGAGCCCCUUGAUGAAAUGUGAAAAGAAGCUGCAUCCACGAAAACUUCAGGACAACUUUGAGACAGAUGCCGUCUACGAUUUGCCUUGUUCUGGUGAAGACUCGUUGGUAGAACAUGCCGAGGGACACCCUGUGGUGUGUAAUGGACAUUGCAAGUUCCCAUUUUCAUCUAGAACCUUUCUGAGUUUCAAGUUUGACCAAAAUGCUAUAAUGAAGACCUUGGACCUUUGAUAGCAGCGCAUGUACGGCAGAAGGGCCACGGUCAGAGACCUGUUGCAUCUGAGCGGGCAUCGCCUCAAGCCUUACCUCUCUCAGGUAUUUGGAAGAAAUGCAGGCAGGCAAUGUUUCUAAAGAGGUUUUCUGAACAGAAGAGAAACUAGAAAGAAACAUGCUUGUACUGUAAAUGCAGUUAGAACCUUUUAUAUGGAUUUACCAUUUCAGUGUUUGGAGCCAAGUUUUAGUUGCCUAUGUUUUUUGUCUUUUCCUUUUUGAGGGCAUUUAUUUUGUGUGACUAUGGGUCUUGUUUUUUAUUCUGAUCAAGAAAAGAGUUGUUUUGAUGGAGUCAUCAACGGGAAGCCAAGUUUAUAGAAGUAUUUCAUCUCCCCAUCUUAGUGAUUACAAAAGUUUGCUUAUUGGAAAUUUUAAAAGAAACUUAAAACCCCAAAUAUUAAUGAGCAUAAGAGGUGAAAUGUGACAUCAGACUCGCAAGCAUUUUGCUCAUUUCUCUGCUUCUAACCGCUGAGAAUCUAGCCCUUCCAGUUGGAGUAUUGUCAGUUCGUUUAGAACCUCAUCUUCAAAACAAUACUCACUUGUAAAGUGAACGCUUUAGCACUUCAUCAGGACAAAGUGCACGGCUUCGAGA